GAGAAAUGGCCGUUCUCUUUCUUCCACUACAUUAGCAACAGAGCCUGACGUUAGUAAGUAAGGCGUUAGAAGAGCGGAAUCACUCAACAUAGACCAGUCUCUACACUCCGUUCAGCUGUGAACUAGUGUGAAGUGAAAGGCUAGUUUAACUUCAUGUGUAAAGCUUCAUCAAGUGUGACUUUAGUUGUUAGCUACCUGCUGCCGGCUAGCGCGUUAGCUGCACAGCCGAGAGACAGAGACACCUGUCGUCCUACCAGUGUAACCUGCCGCCUGCUGAUGGGAAACAAGUAGGACCUGACACCAGAGGAGAACUGUCUUUGUGGCUCUAUAGACGUCAAUUGCCCGGGUUAUCCCGUGCAUAAAUGCCCGAACAAGGCCCCAGGAUGAAUGGGUUUUCUCUCGGUGAACUGUGCUGGCUGUUCUGUUGUCCGCCCUGUCCCAGCCGCAUCGCGGCCAAGCUAGCUUUCCUCCCACCGGAGCCCACCUACUCCAUACAUACCGAUGCUAACGCAGCAACUAGCUUACAUUUGACGGAACGGGCGGACUGGCAGUAUUCCCAGAGAGAGCUCGAUGCAGUGGAGGUGUUCAGCACCAGAAGCAGCAGGGGUAACCGGGUUGGCUGCAUGUUUGUGCGCUGCGCCCCGAACAGCCGGUACACGCUGCUGUUUUCCCACGGUAACGCCGUAGACCUGGGACAGAUGUGUAGUUUUUACAUCGGCCUCGGCUCCAGGAUCAACUGCAACGUGUUCUCCUAUGAUUACUCCGGCUACGGAGUCAGCACCGGCAAGCCGUCUGAGAAGAACCUGUAUGCGGACAUCGAGGCGGCCUGGCAGGUCCUGAGGAACAAGUAUGGUGUAGCUCCUGAGAACAUCAUCCUGUACGGUCAGAGCAUCGGCACUGUGCCCACCAUCGACCUGGCAGCUCGCUACGAAUGUGCCGCCGUCAUCCUGCACUCCCCACUCAUGUCAGGAUUACGAGUGGCCUUCCCCGAUACACGCAAGACCUACUGCUUCGAUGCUUUCCCCAGUAUUGACAAGGUGUCUAAGGUGGCGUCUCCGGUGCUGGUGAUCCAUGGUACAGAGGACGAGGUGAUUGACUUCUCCCACGGCCUGGCCAUGUACGAGCGCUGCCCUCGCGCCGUAGAGCCUCUCUGGGUGGAGGGAGCCGGCCACAACGACAUUGAACUCUACGCCCAGUACCUGGAGAGACUGAAGCAGUUCAUCUCCUUCGAGCUUCCCACCUCCUGAGGGAGCUGGGCACUCACUCAGGCCAGGGUUGAUCUCAACACAGCCUCCUCCUUAUCAUCUCCUGACUUCCUCUCUUAGCAGACAGGGCGGGGCGGGAGUGAACUCACUCCAACAUUUCCCCCUGUCCCUGAAGCCAUUUCAAUGUGAGAAUGUCAAUUGGACUGGAAGAGGAAGAGGAGGUGGUUUUAGAUUGUUGAGGUGCAGCUGAUGGUAAGUCCAGGCCAGACCAGGCAUGGAGCUUAGAUUUAACAUGUAGUGUCCCCAAAACCUGCCUGCUGUUCCUACAUGUGGACCCAGACUGCCAUCAGCUCGGGCCUGGACAGUGUUUGCACUCGCUGCUCACUCCAGAAUCAUUUCCCAUUCCCACUCUCUCCCUCUUCUCCUCCCUCUGCUCACUCUCUCUCCCUCUUCUCCUCCCUCCGCUCACUCUCUCUCCCCCCUCACCUGUUCUAUGUUAGCGUUUCUCACUGUGAGCUUCAGUCUGUCACAUCCUCUGUUUCUCCCAUGAUCCCCUCUUUCCUUUUGACUGAAAGUCUUUGAAAUGGUCAAGCUUGAUUUUUGUAUUCUUUUAUACCAGGUGAAGAAGUAUCAAUUUUUGCACCUUGAGAUACAACUGAAGUUUUUUACUUUUUCUGUAUUUUUAAGUUACCAUUCAGGGUUGAUCAAACAGAUGCACUUUUAAUGUGCAGAUAUUUUCAGGUAAUGUUUUUUUUUCUUCUGUGUUCAUGUAUGUAUAUGUUGUUUUUCUUUUGUCAUUGACAUUCCAUGUUCUUUUCUUAAUUGCAGGUAGAACAAACUGUGUUUUCAGUCGGUGUGUAUGUUUAAAGGCUGUUACACCUGAGUGCACCGCUGCACGUCUGGCCUUUUGUAGCUGUGACCUUUGACCCUGAUAGAGGCUGUUCUCUUCUACAAGGAGAGGAUCUUACCAGACUUCAUUAAGAAAUCCUGCUAUUUACAGUUUGUCUUGCUUGUUGGCAAACACACAAACUCACAAACACACAACACAGCUCUGAGUUCAGACCUUGAAUCAUUUUCAGCUGCUGGUGAGUUCAGCACAUAAACUGCACAUUCAGCACUCAGUGGAAUGAAGUGUGAAGUGUGGGUUUUUAGAACUGCUUUGUCUGUUCACUGUCAGUAGACUUCCAUUGUGAUUGGUGGCUGAUCUUUUUGCAGAGUUUAAUACUGAACCUACCAGAAUAUCCAAACACAUCCACACAUCAUUGAUACUGUUCUAAAGCUCAGUAGAAGUCCGAGGGUUAUUUAGUGCAUCAGGUGUGUAUGUUUGCCACAAAGCAACACAGCAGUGAACAUCCUCAGUAUUUGUUCAUACAGACGCUGACCUCGGUAGAAGAGAGCAGCAGCUAUCAGGGUGAUGCUUUUGUUAACUGGAGAUCAUGUGUGAUUAGACUUGACAACCGUUUCAAACAGAAACACUCUUGACUCACUGUACUGUAAAGUGAAGGCAGGGAGCAUGAUGCUGAGUGUCCCUGCAGACAGAAGACGUUCCCUCACUCCACUACAAACUCUGCUCCGGGCCAAGUUAUUGAAGGUGAACAUGCUGUCACCCGGUUCUUUUAUCAGUCAUUUAUAAAACUACAAAUGAAGCCUUAUGUAUGUAGACAUUUUCUCCCAAACGUUCCUGUCGACUACAGCGAGGCUCUGCUGGUCUUCAGGAGGACUGAUAACUGCUGCUAUUCAUCAGAGGAACCUAUCAGUCAAUCACUGUGAAAGCAGUUUGGGGAACGCGGUAAAACGACAGCGAGGUACUAAAACCAAAUUCAGCGUGACCGCCGCCGUCCCCGCACCGUCGGCCGCGUGUCCUCGUUUGCAGUAGGAGAGGCCCCUCCUCUACGCACAGCUGUGUCUGCUGAGCCCCCGUAACAGCUCCAACUCCAAAAAAUGUCAGAAAGAACCCCGAGGGGGGGGGGGGUGAGAUGCGGUGGAAGUAAGCAUCGCAUGCUGAUCACAUCUCAUCGUCGUGGACAUUUCAACUUGUAUCGACUGUAUUUCAAAUCAUUUUUUCUUUUUGCCCCCCCCCCCCCAGCAAAUGAAGAAAAACAUGAAGUAAAACACUAAAAAAAAUGAAGUUAAAUAAUGAAGUAAAACAAUAACAAAAAAAGUAAAAACACUAUCACACUGAAAUCUAAUGCUGAAGAUGUUGAAGGAUGGUGUUGGAGGGAUGUUUGCAUAGCGACUUGUGAUGAUGGUUGGAUUACUCCGUGUACUGCUGUGAAGUGGUCUGUCAGUUGGGUGUUAGUGUGUUCUGAUCAUAGCUGAUGUUAAUGGGAGCCCUCCACCAUCUCUAGUAUAUUUCCUCUAGCUCCUUUUUUUAAAGGAAAUGAAGACCUUGCUUUAGUCCUGAUUAUUGUUUUGAUACUGACAUUUUUAAGAUUUUCCAGUCUAAAUGUUGAUAGAUUUACACUGUCUCUGAAGCUGGUUUGUAUGAUAAUCUCCUGUAAUGGUAUACUUCAGUAUCUUCUAUAUACAUAUUAGCCCUUCCACAGGGCAGUCUAGUCUCUUUGAUUUGAACACUGGAAUCAUGAUAUGCAAAUGAAAGACAGAUAAAGCUAGUAGAAUCACAUUUUGAUAAUGGUGUGUGUAAAACAAAAGAAAUAAGCCUUAAAUAUGCCAUAAAACAGAUUGUCCUUCAUGUGGUUGUUGUUGCAAGAAGGCAGCACAGUGGAUGUUUUAAUGCUUAUAAUGGA